AUGCACUCUCGGCUCGGCAGUGCAUCGACAACCGUCACGAGAGCGACGACGAUGAUCUCUCCAGUACUGGGACGGAUAACGCUCCGUGGAUGA